UUGUAUGCCAGUGCUAACGAAUAUAUAACCUUCACAUCUGCAUGAUGAUUAUAACCGAUGAAAUUCUCAAAUCUUUAGUAAGCAUGGAGACGCUGAGGCGCUAGGCGGAGAACUCCUCUCAUACUCUUGGCUUCGCCCUCAGGGCUAAAGUAACGAGCCAAUAGGAGCACACCGUCCAGCCCUAUAAUUCGGAGAUUCUCAUAGUAGAUCUCUACCAUUGCCUUCAGCACUUCAACCGAGGGAGUUAGACAACGCAAGCCAUCGAGGAUUUUCAUAUUGAACUGCGCGUGCAUGAUUUAUUCAAGUCUGCCCUGGAAAUAUCAGUGGACGACUGCUUUUUUCUGAACGGGACACGACCCCACGAUGAGUGGACCGACCUUUGACAGGAAGAUACACGGUAUUUCAGGCGAUCUUUCGGGCUCUAUGAGUUGCCACCCGACCUCUAAGGACUCUCCGACUCUUCCAGAGUCGUCGGCUACAGAUAUGGGUUAUUACAGCAGUCAUCACGAAUACUACCAGAGUCCCCCGUACCCGCAGCAGAUGAGCUCAUAUCAUCAGUUUAAUCUGUCCGGGAUGGGGGGAUCAGCAGGACCCUACCCCACCAAGACAGAGUACCCUUACGGCAAUACUUACAGACAAUACGGACAUUACAGCAGAGACCUGCAGACGCCACCCCAAAGUGCAGUCAAAGAAGAACCAGAGACGGAAGUUCGGAUGGUAAACGGGAAACCCAAGAAAAUCCGCAAGCCGCGCACCAUUUACUCCAGUUACCAGCUUGCCGCGCUGCAGCGCCGCUUCCAGAAGGCGCAGUAUCUGGCGCUGCCGGAGCGCGCUGAACUCGCCGCGCAGCUCGGCCUUACGCAGACACAGGUGAAAAUCUGGUUCCAGAACAGGAGAUCCAAGUUCAAGAAACUUUACAAAAACGGCGAGGUUCCUCUGGAGCACAGCCCGAACGCCAGCGACUCCAUGGCCUGCAACUCUCCGCCAUCCCCGGCUGUCUGGGACAAUAACUCUGGCCAGGUCAACAGGGGGCAGAUCGCCCAGCCACCCCUCAGUUCCACACCCCCCUACAUGGAAGAUUACAGUAAUCACUGGUAUCCGCAGGGGUCACAUUUACAGCAUCCAGUACACCACCCGGGACCACCGCAGAGCGUGGGGGCCGUGUAUUAACAGACACUGAUGGAAGAGUUUCACGUUGGUGGGAAAAGACAAUGCAAAACCCGGAGAAAUAAGCUGAGAGAUACUCCGGUAGUAUCUGGAGUGACACGGCACGCUCGCGUUGGCAUUUUAUUGACUGUUGAACGCAUAUCUGUCGAUAUGUAUACAUUGUGUUCAAACAAGGUUUCAAUGCUACUCUGACCUAUUUCAUAUGCACCUAAGUGUGUAGGUUCGACAACGUCAAGGAAGUUUGCGUGGUUUUAAAUUAUUGUCUUUUUUUCUUGUUGACUUCCUUUAUGACUUCAUGUUUGGUUCUUUGAAAGCCGAAUAUUGAAAUGUUUUACUUAAAGAACGAGUAAUCCCCAAAUCGUGUAGUUAUAGCCCACGCGUCGUGGGCCAGCGCGCGCACUCACGGGCGUCAGAGACUCAGGAUAUAAAUUAUAUAGACUUGUACAAAAUGUUGAAAGCUGUAAAUAUGUGUUUAAAUAAAACGGAACCACUAAGUUCGUGUUCUUCGGAAAGAUAAAGACCGCACGCUGGUGCUUGAAUCCUUUUAUAUUCAUGUAAGUAGUUAUUGUUAUUCUGUCAAAUUAAAUAAAUGCCAAUUAAAAAAUCAUUUCAUUUCAUUUCAUCGUGUGUUUGCUGAGUUCAAGACAAACCUAUAUAGCCUAUGAAAAUAUUAGUCUUUGUGUGCAGAUUAAGGUGGAUUUAUUUGUGUAAACGAUGCCUUUGGCUACUUUAAAGUAUCUAUAUGUGGAACCUUUAAGCAUACACACCGUAUUGUUUCGGUUCUCGGGAAAUAUUUAAAUGAGACACAUGUUAUUUUGUGAUGUUGCUCAUGUAAGGCUGGUGGGGCUGCGUGCAAAGAGGCUGCAGGAGGCGACAGGCGAGCAGACAUGUUGGAGUCACUGGAUUUUAUUAGUAUUCUCUUGGCAGAUAACAAGAUAGACUGCAGAGAAGGUGGAGAAACGACUACUGAAAUGAAGCCUGGAGCUUUAGAGAGAGAGAGAGAGAGAGAGAGAGAGAGAGAGAGAGAGAGAGAGAGAGAAAGAGAGUCGGGCGCAGCAUGCAUAGACACAGCAAACAAAAGCUUUAGAUGUAGGCCUAGAAAAACCCCAAAAGGUUAACAGGUAUAUGCAAAUGAUGACUGUACUUCAAAGCGUCUUUUACCCUCUUCCCUACCACAUUCCAAAUGAAUAACAGGUCUAGUAUAUUUCUGUCAUAAGCCAUAGGUGUUGUACAUUCAAAUAUAAUCACACAGGCUAUCCAAAUAUAUGAUUAAAUAAUAACAUUAUAAUUAAUCAUCUGCGGUGUUUAUUCAAUGUUAUUUAUUUUGUUUUAAUCAUUUAACAGCGUGAUGUUGCAUGUGUUGUUUAUUUUCCACUUUUUAUAUGAAAUUAAAGGUUCGGUCUGUCUCAGG